CUGGAGCCUGCAGUGGCCAUGUAGGAUCGAGGCAGGAUGGUUUGGUUUGUACUUCUUCUCGCCUUCUUCCCAUCAGUUCUCGCAAAGGGUAGCUGUGAGGACAAGCUGCGGGAGUGCGAGGCCCGGAACCCGAGCAGAGCGGUGUGCGGCUCCGACGGCAAGACCUACCCCACGAGGUGCCACCUCCUCAAGGCCCGCUGCGCCGGCGACCCCGCCCUCGCCGUCGUCCAAGUCGGAUCCUGUUCAGAUGAACAACCGUGCUUCGCAGAGCAGGAGGCUAGGAAGGGAGAGGUGGGCUUGGACUUUGUCCCCAAGUGCCUGCCCAGCGGACAGUACGCCCCCAUCCAGUGCCACGAGGGCACCGGCUACUGCUGGUGCGUCACCCCUCAGGGGAAGCCUCUCAGCAACACCUCCGUCAAGAAUAGCACUCCAGUUUGUGUCACACACAAACAGCGUCGAGACCCAAUGAGAAGAGAACACAAGCAUAGGAAAGCUUGCAGAAAAAUUGACAGAACAAAAUUAAUUAACAACCUCGUGAGGAUUUUUAAAGUCGAAUUCAAUAGGACUGAUAUGCUUCCUGCAAGUGGAAAUGAAACUGAACUUGAGAAAAUGGGAGUGGAAUGGAAAUUUGGAACAUUGGAUAUGAAUUCGAAUAAAAAUCUCACAUUAAAUGAGUAUCAAGAAUUAAAAAAGCUAGUCCGAAAAGCUGUUAAACCUAAGAAGUGUUCUAAAAAUUUCAUAAAUAUAUGCGACAAAGACAAAGACGCAACCAUUACUUAUCAAGAAUGGACAAAUUGUUUGGUCAAAAAGCCAAUUGCCAAAAAAUUUAAAGAUAAGAAGAAGAAAUCAUCUUCGAAAGUUGGAAGCCCACAUCUUAGCCCAGGACUUCCAGGUCUCCUCAACGAGCGGGUAUCUCCUGUCGAAGAAGUACCUCCUGAGAAGAAAGAUGAACCAGAAGUGAGCGACUGUUUAACUGACAGGAAAAAUGUUCUUGGUGAACUCACUGAGAUUCACUUUGAGCUUUUUAUACCAGAAUGCACAGCAGACGGCCGGUAUGAAAAGACCCAGUGCUACAAAUCGACUGGCUAUUGUUGGUGCGUCAAUGAGGAUUCAGGCAAACCGAUCCCUGGAACAUCUCGGAAAUAUAUCAAUCCCAAGUGUGAUACUCUUCAGUUACCAAUGAGACCAAUGAAAGGUUGUCCAGAACAGAAGAAGAUUAUGUUCCUCAAUGAACUGAGAGAGUUUUUCAUUAAAAAAUAUCCCAGUAGUUCAGACCCAACCGGAGAACAGUUUGCUAUUUGGACUUUUCAAGUAAUUGACACCAGCAAAAAUAAGUUUUUGGACAAAAAAGAAAUGGGCCCUCUACGAACUUUACUUCUUUCGUUCAGCCCGAAUGUGAAGAGAUGCGGAAAAAAGUUUGCCAGGUAUUGUGACGUGAAUCACGACAAGAAAAUCAGUUUGACUGAGUGGGUGAACUGUCUAGACACCGAAAGUUCUGCAGUUGGUAUGACCGUUACCCAAAGUCCGAAAAGAAAGGGUCCUAACCCAUUAGAAACAAUAUUGAAACCUGAUGAUUACGACUGAUGACACAACGCACAUCAAAAUAAAUUUUUGUUCAUAAAAUAUAGCCGUUGAAAUGCGGUGGUAGUACGACAGUCACUGUCGAGAGCUGUAACUACAAGGAAACAUUUCUAAGCUGUCCGCGGAAUUUUUUAAUUUAUUUAUAACAAACUGAAAUGUCAAUAAUUUCAGUUUGUUCAAAUGUGACUGUCUCUAAUUAUUUUUCUUUCAGUGUAUAAAUUUAAGCAUAAUUUAUUUUUAUAUUAAUUUCAGAAAUGUGUGAUAAAGUGUACCUUGUAUCAAUGAGAAUGGAGUAAUAGAUUUAAAAAAUAAAUGAAAAUAAUCUUAAUAAUAAUAAACUAGGAAAACAUAAAUUAACUCUUCAAUGUAUAAACUCUUGUGAUAUAUUUGAUUGAGUAGUGAUAGGCCUAAUAACUCACCUGUUUCAAUCAACACAACUAUGUACAUAUUUAAUCAUAGUAUUAGUAAAUACGUAUUGUAAAAUUGGGAUUAAAAAUAUUUACUUCAGUAGAUUUCUGAUUGUUUGUAAAUUUCUACAGUUAAUUGUUUUGUUUUUUAAAUUUUGUUUUAGUACAUUAGUUAAAUAUAUAUUUUACAUAAAACUAUUAA